AAACUACCUAAACGGCAAGAGACACUAGGUCCUACUUCACCUAUUCAUGACUGGGAAGUAGAAAGAGCUACUAUACUCUCUGAACGUAAAGAGAGCAAAGAAAAAGCAGAACGCCUCGAAAAAGAACUUGAAAAGGAACGUCGAACGUAUGAAAAGAAUACAGCGAGUUUACUGAAAGAAGUCAAACUAAAAGAAGCAUUCAUGGAAAAGAAACUCAAAGAUGUAGAGGAACAGCUCAUGUCUCAAAUGCUAGAGUUGCAACAUAGCUUAGACAAUGAAAAACUUGCUCGGCACGAAGAAAUUACCAGUCUGAAAGCUCAGCAUGAACAAAUCUUGGAAGCCCAAGAUAAAAAAUACCUUCGUCGAUUGACAAGUCUUCAGGAACGAUUGAAUGCAAAAGACGAAGCGUACGCUGAACUUUUAGAAAAGUUACCAGAAUAUGUGCCUGAAACGAUUGAGUCCUUAAAAGUUGCCAAAACCAAGCAAGACACCGACGCUGAUUCAAUGCGGGAAUCUAAUUUCAACAGCAACCAUUCAGGCACGCAUCAACAAUCGUUAGAACCAUCUCAGCUACAGGCUUACAAAGUCCAGAUCGAACAACUCGAAACCAGUUGUGCAGAAGCACAAAAACAGUCUCAGAUACUCAAAAAGCGUCUUGAUCAAAUCACAGCUACACAUGAUGCUCAUGUUAAAGAACUCACAGAGAAAUUCAUGUCAGAAGCGCAACAUUCUGAAUUAACUAACCGAGCUCAGCUUCAAAACUUACAAUCAGAACAUGCUGACAUGCUGCGUGAACUGACAGCACAACAUGAGACUGAGAAAGAAGUAUGGCAAAUCAGUCAGCAUGCUGUAAUAGACGAGUUAAGACGCCAGUUAGAGUCAGAGAAGCAAGAG